AUGUCGGCCUUCUCCCAGACUUCAAGGACCACCAAACUCGCGCUCACGGACGACCAAAAGAUCAUGUACCGGUCAGAGAAGCUUAUGAACUUCCGCUGGAUUGCAAGCGUCCUUUCAACCUACGCACCAUAUACUUUAACCUCGGGCGAUCUGGUUACGCCUGCGGUUCAGCAGUAUAUCUCAGACAUUGGACAAUUCGCAGAAAUAGUGUAUGCCCUACAAACUGAACUCCCCGCAAAGUUCCUUUUCGACAACCUUAACGCGUUGCUGGAGCCAACUAUGCCUUUAGAAGGCUAUAACUACAUCCGCGACACAGUGCUCAUAACCUCAUUUGUUGGCUCCGCGGCGAAUCUCCCAGGCUACAUUGCCUACCGCUCGGAAUCGAAACAACUCGUGCUGGCGACCGCAGGGACUUCUUCCGCAACGCAGGCAAUUUACGAUUUGAGAGCGCUCAUGCAUCGACAUAAAUCAAAGCACGGAUAUGUCCACACGGGAUUCUGGCAACUGUACAAAGGCAUGAAACACCUGGCACUUGAAGGAGUGCGGAACGGGAUCGCGCAACAUGACGUGCAAGAGCUGGUUAUCACGGGACACAGUAUGGGCGCUGCAGUCUCACAGCUCUUCUUGCUGGAACUGUUGCGUGACGAUUCUCUACUGCCUCUUCAGGAAAUACGGAUCCGAUAUGUCGGAUUCGGGGGUCCUCGGUCAGGCACCAAAGACUUGGUGCAGUACUGGCAAGAGCUCAUCAAACAAUGGCGACAAAAACAUGGGGAUGAUUCGAUUGAGGAGUACUCCGUCAAGAUGUACAAUGACGGCGUUCCGUCUCUCCCCCCAAUGAGCUUUGGCUAUCGACACUACUGCCAACGACCGUACUAUUUUCUUCAUGGUCGUCUUUAUCAUGUACCCGAUGGCUACAGCGAAUACUCGCUCUUCCAUGCAACUUCCGAUGAAGAAGACGAGAAACCACCGAUACACCCGCGAGGAGGGCACAACUAUUACAAUGGCCGUGACAUGGAGAGAUUUGCGAGACGGGCUGGAUGGCUGGAUCGGGUAUUAAAGAAGGAGGGGGACUGGAGGGAGUUGUAUCGCGCUAAAGUAGCAAAGCAUGAGGCAAACACAAGUUCUCACUUGAGUACAAAUGCUUGGCCAUCUCCCAUGCAACUUGACCUUCAGGCGUCUCCGGAUUGGGGCAGCUCCUCCAACCGCGCAUCACAUAAUGGGGAGUCACCACCUUGA